GACGCAUAUCGAGACACUGAUACCACUUAGAAUAUUCCUGCAUCUCGGCUCAUUACCGGUCCAGUCGCAUCUGUCUGCAGGGCUGUUCAUCAGCUGUGCACACAUUGUAUAUGUCCAAUGUACAGAAAAAAAAAAGUGGAACAUUGCUGGUGAACGAAGUUUAGGAGAUAUACUUCGUUGAUUUGAAGUUAACAGCUGAUCGUAGAAUCAGAUCGCGAUUAUUGUAGAUCGUGGUUACGAUGGAUACCUCUGUCUGCGACGAACCUAGCUCCUAUCUGGAAUUACUAUCAGUACUUGAUCAACCGCGAUUGGCCGAGUUAUGGGAUCCGGAUACCGAAGACUACAUGAAUGAAUUAAGUGGAAUGGGACUUCAAAGACUCAUUCAAGAGCCUCAACGUUUACACGAGGAACACACAGCACUAGUGGAUGCUACCCAGGAGUUGGCUUUCAAUAAUUACAAAACAUUUGUCCAGACAGCAAAUUGCGGACGGGAUAUUAGAUUACAAAUGGCAGCUGUUGGAAAGAGGCUAGAGUCACUUCGUCGAAAACUUCCGAUGUGCGCUACUGGGUGCGACCAGCUGUCAAGUACUUGUAAGGACAUCACAGCACGUUGGAAGCUUACUUCACAGACUCUAAGUAGACAUAAGCGGCUAGUGGAGAUCCUGGAAAUUCCGCAACUAAUGGAGACGUGUGUUAAAAAUGGGAACUUUGAUGAGGCUCUUGAGCUAGCAGCUCACGUUAAGCGGCUAGAAAGACGGCACGGUCAUAUCCCAUUGGUGGCGACUAUUGGUCGUGAGGUGCGCCAUCAGCAGGCUCUCAUGCAAAGUCAUUUACUCACGCAACUACGAGGCCCAGUACAGCUACCAGCUUGCCUGCGUCUUAUUGGCCAUUUGCGGCGUAUGGAAAUGCACUCGGCGCAUGAACUUAAAGCGCGAUUUUUGGAAACACGUGGAGCGUGGUUUGAUUCAUUAUUAAUACAAGCUGAGGCUGCCGGGUCAGAUUCGCAGGAUUUAUCGCAGGAUGCGUAUUCACGCCUUGGUCGUCUCCUUGAACUCUAUCGGGUCCAUUUAUUUGACCUGAUUACACAAUACAAAGCAAUAUUUCCAGCUGGUCAGGAUGAAGAAGCCGAUAGCGGUGAAGAAGACAUAUGUUUGUUUCAAGGUUGGCUUGUGUCUAAGAUUGAGGGACUAUUGCAGCAACUACGUAAAAGCCUCGCCGCGGAUCCUGAAUGCCGUUUAGACGCUAUGAUCUCGCAAUGCAUGUACGCGGGCCUUUCGUUCAGUCGUGUAGGUGCUGACUUUCGCCCUCUUUUGACUCCCAUAUUUCAAGAUGCGUUGACAACCCGUUGCGACGCAUACCUAGCCAAAGCACAUCCACAAUGUCUUCAAAUGAUACAACACUUAGACCUUGUAGCAGUUCGGGACACAGUUGAUUUAAAUCCGGCAUCAGUAGAUUCAUUCGUAACGUCUGCACCUGCAAGCAUUCUUGUUGUACCACCCCUAACCGUGUAUUGCAACGCACUUCUGUCUGUUUUCAAUGAGCUACGUGUAUGCCCACUUGCCUCUGCCAUUGCAUAUGCUGUAUCAUCCAUUAACGCUCAACUAACUGAGAUAGCAGAGACAAUUCGUGGACUGCAUAGCUUAUGGUCAGAAAACUCGUCGUCAUCGUUGUCAUCCUCAUCAUCAUCACUAACGAAUGCACAACAACGUGGCUUCCAGCGGCUAACAGAGAUUUUUGCAACCGAUUUAGUGCCGUUUGCUGCUCGAACUUUUGAAGCUUUAUUCCCUACAGCGAUGGCUGCCCGGUUAAUAGGCUGUUCUCUACCUCAAGUCGAAGAACUGAUAGGUUGUCGAAUCAAUAUAGCCGAUGUGACAAGAUCGCUUGCAGAAUUUGUGUUCCAAGAAGAUAUUUUUACAGACAAUAAUUCCGGCUGUAUUUUAGAAACUACCAAAUAUGACAAAAAGGGAGCACCUGCAAGUAGUGAAGCCAAUAUCGAGUAAAGUCUCGCUGAAGCACUGCAGGAGCGCGGUGAUCAAUAAAAAUUUCUGUGUUUCAUUGAAUUUUGCAAUUGGUAAAAAUUUAUAGUGAAUGUUUAUACGACCUAAGUAACGUUUUGAAGUCUCCCAGGUUUACCACUUCCAUUAUUAUAUCUACGUAUUUAGGAAUAUAGUAGCUUAGAUUAAGGGUAUUUGAAAUAAAUAUCAAUGCUAAAAAAUG